AUGUCAUCUAUUCAGAGGCCCAGGCGUAGCGGGAGGGGUGAGCACACGCGUUUUUCACCCUCCCCUUCAAUCCCAUCCCGUCGUCCGGCUCCCGAGGAUGCCCCUGAGCCUGAGCUACCCCUGCCUCGAAGGUCUCGUACCAUCCAAGAGGACCUCUCUCCUCCACCAGCAGCUCCACCAGUCGACCUAUCGCCAAUCCCGCAGACCAAGGUUGCUGUAAGAACCCAGGGGAAGUUGAAUCCGGCGUCGGUUAUUGAUUUCGAGAUCGCCCAGGUCUGGGAUAUGGCUCGAGUUCAGUUGAGGGAGUUAGGGUUCCAAGCUUUGCGUCUCAGUGAAGAUGACGCCAUAUUAUUCACCUGGACCUAUGAUAUGAAGCUUGGGCCAACCCGUUCGAAGGAGGGGGAGGUGAAUUUUUGCCACAGAAUCCGACUGGAAUCAGCUUCAAUCUCGCUGUGGGUUAAUUCGCGGUGCCCGCAAGUAUGUUGA